GGGCGUCUUUCCUCCAACUAAAACUAAACUGUGACUGGGAGGCAGUGGAGGGCGAGAUUGGCUGAGAUUACUGUGUAACUGAGAAGAGAUCUGAAUCACUGAAUCAGGGAAAAGAAACAUUUUUCAGUAGGCCUAACCUAGUCUCCUUACUUAGGAAUCUAAUUUUUGCAGUUUUGUCUUUGUUGCACCGUCCUGACUCAGCCAUCAAAAUUGAAUUUCCAAGUUUUUGUGCAGAACUCCAACCACCAAAGUGUGGCCAGUUUAAAAAAAAAUCAUGAGUGAUUCGAGGCGAAAACGUAGUGGAGGCACCAAAUCAAUUCGCAUGGAAAAUGGAGAUCACCACAGGUCACAGCAGAAGGCUUCAAGCUCAAAUCAGCAUGGAUCAACAAGGCCAAAGUCAUCUCUGGGGCAUCAUCAUGGCCAAAAGGUUGGUUAUGAUCAUGUGCGACAGAUAGUACAAGAAGAAGGUCGAACGGCUCGUAAUCUAGUGCAGUACAGUGUUCCUGUAUUGGAAAAUCAAGGAGAUUCAGCUCCUCGAUCUUCAAGUCAGCAGAAGCGGGCAGGGUCAACGUCUCGUACUUAUUCGCAUCAGACACCACCUCCUGGGUCCCGAAUACGGCACAGGUCUCUCUCGGAAAUUGCAAAAUCCCCAAGGUCUGAUACUGGGUCGAAGAAAAAUGACCUUAGAGCUCGAUACUGGAAGUAUAUGUUUGAUAACUUCCAGCGAGCUGUGGACUCAAUAUAUCAGACAUGUGAACAGGAUGAAAGUGUUGUUGAAUGCAAAGAAGUGAUCAUGAUGUUGGAGCAAAGCACGAAAGAUUUCAAGGCUCUGAUUGAAAGACUGAUCAUGCUGAAGGCAUAUGAGGACUCGGCCAAGGAUGGAGAUCGGCCUGCAGCAGUGGCAUGGGAGGUUCGGAAAAUGUCACCAAACAAACAUGCCCCAAGCUCUCCUGGACCUGGACAGACACAAUCUCUCAUGGGCGUGGAAAGGUCUGGGAACAGUUGGGCAGACAAAGUGAAGGGGUCAAGAGCGCUGAGCUUCAGUGCCUCCCAGUCGCAGUCCCAGCCUGCCCCAGCAGAGCCCACAAGACCUGCCAUCUCCAGCAGUGCUAAAGUCGACAGCAAAGGGGAAGAAACAGUGAAAGCAGCCAGUGCCCCGGCCACUGCGGAAGACUCAAUGGAUGAAGGCGGAUGGGAAACAGUCCAAAGAGGUAGACUACGAGCAAGAUACUCUCCAUGUCAAAAAUCAACAGAGAACCUGGCUGCCAAUCCUAAGAGUGCGAAAAGGAACCUCAUGAGAUCACUGUCUGUACCUGACCAGGCCAAUGUCAAGGCUUUAAAAAAUAAGGAAGACAAGACUCAGACUAAUACCUUGAGAGCUGUCUCAGAAAAACAUUUGCUUGAAGCAGCCGUACGUGAACGAACUCACAGUAAAGACAGCGAGAAGGAAAAUGUUCCAGAGACAAAUGUAGAAGGGAGUGUAAAAAGCACACUUCAGUCGAACUCUAUGUCUUUGGCUUCCCUUGCUCAAAUAAUGGAUAUUGGUCGCCUUGAUCUGGGGAAAAGUUUUACUGAUUCUAUUGAAAAGUGCGUCAAGGAUCCAUUGGAAAUUCAACUGGAUGAUGAUUUGGACCGUGUUUUGGAUGAAGAAUUCCAGUUGAGUAGCCAGUUGCAGAGGGCCCAGGAGUCAGCUUUAGCGUAUGCCGUGCAGGAAGAAGAGAACUGGCUGAAGGAAUUAGCCAGAGAACAAAAUACACAAGUGGAAGAGGACAUUGAUUCUGCCAGUGACUUGGGGAAUACAAACAGCUCUCUUGAGUCCUCUCAGCCUGUUAUCAAAGAUUGGGAUGCACUGGUAGCUUUGCAUGAAGCUGAGAUGAAGGUGUCCAGUGAAAUGUCUUGGGGAGAUUUGGUGGUGGAAGCAGAUGAUGCCAGAACUCCUGGCCAUGGUGUCCACAUGCAUGAAAAACUGUCCUCACCGUCUAGGAAAAGGUCACCCACAGAGUCAAGAAGAAGACAUGAGGAGAAGCAAGCUAAGGCUCAAGAGCUCAGGGAAAAGCUCAUGCAGGAAAAGGCUGAAAGACUCAGGGAUUUGUCGAAAAAGGUGGCAGAAGUGCGGGCGUACAAGGAAGAGCUGAUGCGGCAGAGUAAGACACUGCUAGAGCACAAACUUCAGCGCGCAGAGGAGAAACGCCAGCUACAACUCAAGUUGAAGGCCCGUAAAGCCCAUGAGGAGGAGGCUAAGGCCAACGAGAUAGCCUUUAUCAACAGUCUAGAGGCCCAGAACAAGCGCCACGACAUCAUGUCCAAACAUCAGGAAUCUGAAGCCAGACUCCAUGAUUUAAUGGAAGAGCGUCAGCGCAAACUUGAGGAGAAACAGGCCAAGGAGGCCGCAGUGGAGGAGAGGAGGAAAGCCCUUGAAGCUGACCGCAAGGCCCGCCUCAUGGAGAUGCAGGAAAAGAGGAAACUGCGGGAUGCGAGGAUCGAACUGCAGCAGCAGGAGAAGGAGAAAGAACGACUGGAGGCUGUGCGAGCUAAGGGAAAGGAGAGAGAGGAAAGGAUUGCUGCGUUGAAUGCCAUGCAGGAGGCUCAGAAGCAGGAGCUACAGAAAAAGAUACAGCAAAAGCAAGAUGAAACCACCCAGCGCCAUGAAGAAUAUCUUCAGCACAUCCGUGAUAGGGCCUUUGAGAUGACCAUCAUGAGACAUUCUACAGAGGACCACAACGACGCCCCAAAACUGACGCCUUACGACAGGAAUAAACUGUGCAUCAUUUGCAAUGUUUUGAUUCCUUCAGAAGUUUAUCUUUUAAGUCAUUUGAGAGGGAAGAAGCACCAGCAAGCAUUGAGAGACAGCAACUCUGGAAAGGAAAUGACCAAACAAGAAAUUGAAACUUUCAACCUGAAACAUAUUGUUGAUGCUCCAGACAAUAGCAACCAUCCCAAGAUUGUUACUGAAAAAGAGAGACAGAAGUCUUUGAAGAAGCGGUGCAAAAAAUUGAGACAGAGAAUGAUUACGAGGGGUCAUGAGUAUGAGAACAGUCUUGCUAACAAAUGCAAACUUGCUGAAUCAGAGCAUAAAGCCAAAAUGCACAAAGUGAUCAAAGACAUCAGCAAAUAUCUUCAGUCUCAGGACUCUGGACCCUGGCCCCAGAACAAAGUGUCUGCCCUGGACAGAGCUCUAGGAGAAAUUGGCAGAAUACUUGAGAAAAAGAAUGUGAAUGACCAGACAAGCUUCCGCGUACUGGGUGGAUUUAGUUCCCUGAGCAGAAUUUUGCUCACAAUUGAUGAUGGCACAGGUUCCUUGCCUUGUGUAAUUCCAGCCAAAUCUCUGAGCCACACCUCUGAUGUGUACAGGCUAGCCUGCAAGAACAACUUUGAUAACUGUCAUUACAUGCUGUUCAGCAACAAGAUCGGAGCUCUGGUGGACCACCUUAUCAACAGACUAAACGCCAUGAUUCCCGAGGGCUUUGAUUGCCUGACUACCACUGUUGGUGGGGGAGUGACCGGGGCAGGCAGUUGCUACGGCGGGAGCAACAGCUCUGACCAGAGCAGUGAGGGAAGCUGCCACAGCCUUCCUUUUGAUCCCGUGUGCUCCAGCCUGAUGCAGACGCUGGGCAUGGUGCUCACCUGCCUGGCCAAGAACAACCCGGCCAGCAAUUGCAGUGAGGCGAGCUCCGAGCGCAUGAGUGGCACGGCCGAUGUCUUCACCAACAGAGGCAACGACAUCAUUAGUUACAUCAUCAGCGUGGGUGUGAUCGACAAGCUGCGGGCGUACUUCAGCGCCGUGCGUGGACCCAUGGACAAGGAAAAGAACACAGCCGACUUUCUGCUGCACAGUCUGGGGCUGCUGGUGGCCAUGACCAAGUUCAUGUCGAAAAGAGUACGCUGGGCGAGGAGGGUCUGUCGCUGGAGUUCCGGCACAUCGCCAGCUACCUCAUCUGGUACUGCAGUCACGUGAGCGCCGAGGAGCUGCUGCACGAGGUGGUGCUCUGCGUCGGCUACUUCUCUGUCCUUCAUCCAGAUAACCAGGUGAUCAUCCAGUCCGGGCAGCCCCCGACUGUCCUCCAACAGGUGUGCGCCCUGCCCUUCCAGUACUUCAGCGACCCGCGCCUGGUGGCCGUACUCUUCCCCAGCCUCAUCUGCUGCUGCUUCAACAACCAGAGCAACAAAGACAUCGUGGAGCAGGAGCUCAGCUGUGCGCUGCUCGCCAACUUUAUCGAGGAACGCCAACUGGAGCAGCAGCAGACGAAGACAGCCUCAUCCUCAGUCAAGAAAAGUAAGAACCAAGACAACAAGGAGAUCCGGGAGGCAGAGAACAGGAUGGCCUUCUCGCUGAGGUUCCCGACGGAGACCUGGGAAGAAGCUAAGGUUUAUUUCAGCGAGGAGUCAUGACAAGACUGUCUGUGAGGUCACACCCACGGUUUUCUGCACGGGACUCGUCCACUUUUUGCCUUGAAUUGUCGACGUGGCUGGGCUUUUUUUUAUAAAUUCAUGAAAGCUAUAGCCUUUGCCUAUAUGAGAGCGCUAUGUGAUAACUCAUCCCCCAUUUUUAUAUGUGCAGUGUAUCGUACUUAAUAUUUUUGUGAUGAAAAGCCAUUCCAUGCAUACCAUUACAUGAUUAUUUGAUUCUCUCUACUUUCUCUAACUAAUCAUGCCUUUGGAAAACAUUUUACAUGUAUAUAAUUUUGUACUUUCAUUGCGAGGGAGCAUUUGGCCUUUUGGAAAUGCUACAAAUUUUUUUAAAGUACUUUUCGAUUUGUGGCUAUGGUAUUCCCAAGUGUUGAAAUAGUUUUCAGUUUGUAACUUCAAUGUUUGGUAUAAUCUAUCUUUUGAUAUUGACUGUACUCACCACUUACUCUGUGAAAUGGAUAAAAACAGUGUACUGUUACAUGUGCACGCUCGUCGGCGCCAUGUUUUCUCUCUUUACUCAGAUAUGUAGCUCCUAUGUUUGUUAAAAAAGAUAAUCAAAACUUUUCUGUUCUGGACCUCUUAACUCGCUCAACCCUAAGCCUUCACUUCCAGGCUGUCAGCUCUCCCUAGAGAUUUUUACCCUUUUUUUUUUUUAAAUUAAAAAAACCCCUAAAUUUCAACAUAUCCUACCGGAAUGUGGUACACAUUGUAUUCAAACCUUUAUUUGUGUGUAUUGAAAAUUUGAAGGCAUAAUAUGUCAUAGUUUUUAUGCAAUGGAAAAAGGUCUAUAUAUUAUAUAGAGUCAAAAAGUAAACAAAAUGCGAAGAAAGGAAAUGUGGUGCGUUCAAAUUUCGUACCCCCUCAUAUAGUUCACGAAUAUAGCUUUCUUUGCUCUAAAUUUGGGCUUGUACUUCUGGUCAUAAUCUGAUUCAAACAAAAAAUGGUUACUCGUCCAAUUAGGCUAUAGUCUGCCUCACGCAAAAUUUGUGUUUUCGGUCAGGAGAGCAAAAUUUUCCAUACCGAUACUUUCGACGUUAGAGUUGGAGUGUUGCGUGUGCAUACUGAUAUUAUCGGCGUUAGGGCUGGGUGAGUUAAAUGUGUACUGUUAGUAGAUUUGCUUUUUUAAAAGUUAUGCCAAUUUAUUCUGAUUCAUUGCUCAGGGUCCAGGUGAAAUGGAUUAGAGGCGUCUGAUAUUAUACUGCUUUCUUUUUACAUGUUCAUUAUGUUUGCAGUAGUGACACCCAGGAAGUGACCGUUUCAAAAUAAUUUCAGUUUGCAAUCAUCCGGGGUUCUGAUUUUGAAAUUUAUUUUUGUUGGUUUUUGACUUUGGAAGAGAUAUGGGUUUUGUUUCAGUAUUUGUAUAAAAAAAAUUUUUUUUGACUAUAUUCAAAUUUUGAAAGGUACUUUUAAAAAGGUCCUGUUUCUUUUACUGAUAAAUUUAAUCUAAUAUGUAGUAACUUCAUGGUUUAUAAAAUGACUAGACUGGUGUGUACAUCUUUGAUUGGUUAGCAACAGUGAAUAUUUUUCUGUUUGCUUUUGUUUUGUCUCAAACUACUGUAGUCUAUUUUUCUAAAUUUAUAAUAUAGUUAUAAGCUCAUAUACCUUCUAAUGCAAGGUGUUUUUUGUCACUGUUGUAUAUACAUAUAUAACAAACUGGCCCUGAAGUGUACAGAUAACCUGUCGAUGAUUCCAUCUGCCUGUCAUUCAGAUUUCAUAGGAAAAUUCAUCUCUUUUUUUUUUCAGCAUGCAAAAGAAUGAAAAUAGUUUGCUCCACAAAUGUUUUGUUUACUGGGCAUUCUUUUUAUUCUGUCCAGAUAUGAAGUAAUACAGGAGCGUUAGUAAGACAAUCACAUACUGCAGAAUAGUAGAUUUUGAAUAUGCUUCUUUUUUCUACUCUUUUUAUCUCUUAGCUGAAUUGUGUAUGGGAAUCAAGAGGGUUUUUGGGUGUUUCUCUUAUCUGCUUUUACCCCACAUGUGCAAACAAAGUCUUUAAUUGGACCUUGUUCUAUACGUAAUAUAUUAUGUCGUUGGCCAGCUGUGCAUAUGCGCAAACCCAAAUUUUUGAAGUUUUUUUUCUGUUGCAGUUUCUUAAUCUGUAGUGUCAGUUGCAUGUACGUUUUAAAUAUUUUGUUGAAAUUCAAAUUCUACAAUUUUUAGAAAA